AAAGGUCUGAAGCCUUCAUUAGGAGCUACAUUUUAGUUUUUAAGAAAUUUGCUUUUAAAACUUUCAAACUUAAAUAAAAUCCUCAAACGCCUUUAAAGGAAAUAGACAUAUGCAUUCUAUUCAAAAACUAUGAAUAAAUCCGCAGCAAAAACAUAAACUGCACUAGAUAUUGAACUUAUGCAUCAGAAUACUAAAUUUGAAAGUUUAGUUUUGCUUUGUUUUGGAUAUCAAAUCCUUCCCUAACAACAAAUUACAAAUUGACGGUGUAAGAACUCAGUAAACUUUACAUAACCUGCUUGAAAUGUUGUUUUCUCAAAUGAAUUCAAUAAAAUCGGCGAAUAAACCAGCUAUUUUGAAUUAGACUCGUAAAUUUCAUAAAUAUGCAGUAAAAUCCUCUCCCCGCAAACUCUGCAACGGCAAAACUGAUUCGUGAAAACGUCCCGAGGCGCAAUUUGUUUGUUUGCUUCGCGACACUUGCAAAGUGUUUCUUUUCCGAAGUAAAAUAUCGAUUUGCUUGGUCCGCGUGUAUAAACAGCCCAUUUUCACAGCUGUAACACAUACAUACUAUCUUCCCAUACAUCUGUUUAUACAUUGUGAAUGCUGUUAUAAAGUUUAAUUUAUUAAUACAAAGAAAACUGAUUUGUGAUACUUAAUUUAAUUCCUGAAUGUAAUGUAAAUCUGAUAUGAAAGAAUAUUUGGACGACAUCAAGAUGUCUCGUCGCCGUGCCAAAGAAUACGACAAUGUCGACUACACACAGCUAGCUGGCACGGACAGCGGCUUCGUCGACGCGCAGUUCCUUCAACCCCCCGACAAAGUGCCAUGGAAAGCGAUUGUGUUUGCGGGUGUUCUCAUGAUAGUCGGAACAACCCUCCUGGUUGUCGGGAGUCUCGUCGUCAGUGGACACAUUGACGUAAAGUAUUCAGACCGCAUGUGGCCAAUAAUCAUUCUUGGCGUGUUGAUGUUUAUUCCCGGUGCUUAUCACGUGAGAAUCGCUUACUAUGCAUACAAGGAAGUGCCGGGGUAUUCAUUCGAUGACAUUCCUGAAUUCGAUUAAUGAAACCAAUUUAAAACUAGCAAAUAUUCACCAAGAGAAUGCCUUACUGCACGAUUUUCUAGCAUUUGUCUUGUUUUUUAAGCUAUGAAUUUGUUAGAAUUUAUAAAAAUGUAACGCAAAAUAUAUUUCAUAUCAAAUAUAAGAUAACUUAAACUUAAAAUGAACAA